AUGGCCCCCUCCUCCACAGAGCCCCCGCCCCUCCACUAUACCCGCUUCAACCCCCUCGCGCAGGCCGCCACCGCCUCCGACUCCACCCUCCCCGCCGCCCCCACCCCGACCGGCAGCUCCAGCAGCAGCAGCGGCGCGGAUGAUAAGGCCCCCGGCUUCUCACACAGCUCCCUCGGCCUUUUACUCAUCUUCCUCGGCUGCUUCGCCGCACUCCUCGUCGCCUGCGUCGUCGGGCACCGCAUCUACAUCCGCCGCCAUGGCCUCCGAAACCCCGCCCCGCCGCAGACAUCGCCCGCGCGCCGGCCGCGGCGGGCGAGAGAGCGGCCGCGCAUGUGGGACGUGUGGCUGCUGGACGAUCGCCGCUCUGCGAACGGGCGCGCCAGCGGCGUAGACGGCGGCGACAGCGCGAGGUGGGCAGACAUCAUGCCCGUCGCCGCCUACCUCCAUACCCCCACCCCGACUCCGCCGGCCGCCCCGCCGGCUGCCUCGCCGCCGCGGACGCGGACGCGCCCCCGAUCGCGCUCGCCGUCUGUGCCGGUGCGCGCACGGACCCGCGAUGCUCCGCCAUCUGUGCCGUACGCCAUGGAACACCAUAUCAUGAUGUCCCAGGCCUGGUUCCGCGGCGUCUACCCCCUCGAGCCAGAAUACUCGCCCCGCCCACGACCCCGACCUCAGCCGCAGCCCUCGUUCUCGAACACGCCCCCGUCCCAACCCCCUCCCGAACCCUCCCCACCCGAGAUGCGCGUCGCAGUUCUCAUCGCUAUGCCCUCCCCAUCCCGCUCUACUAAUUUCACCUUGACUCGAUCUCAUUAUUCUCUCGACGACCGGCGCUCCCCGCACGAAGCAUCGAACCACGCGGACCCACAUUCGCACUCUCACCCUGGGGACGCCACUGAUCGGGACCAGAAGCGCGUUCGGAGCCAGAAGCAGCGCGAUAUCGGACCUGGGUCCGUGGACGAUGCCGGCACCGACGCGUCUGCCAGCGCCUCCGCCUCUGGCUCUGGCUCUGGCUCGGUCGACGCUGGGCCGUAUAACGUCGUCGAGGAGGAGCGGCGGGGCGCGUGCUCGCUGGGGGCGGACGGCGCAUAUGUGUUCGGCGUCGUCGAUCUCCCGUGGGAGCCUGGCGGCGUGCCUUGAGUCUGGCGCCCGGCCAGCCAGCCUGCUGCUGCCUCCGCCUCUGCCUCUGCCUCUGCCUCUUUUCGCCUUCUUCUCUCACACUCGCACGCCCGCUCGCAGUCUCGCAGUCUCGCAACCUCUCAGCGGACACACGUGGCAGCGGUGUUGUGCGCCCGACGCGCCCGACGCCGCCGCCUUCUCACUCGGUUCCCUGCCUUUGCCCCCGUCUUGACGCUCCCGUCUCCCGUCCUCCCCGCCCUCCGCGCGUCUAUGUUGCAUCGUCGCGCCCUGUCUUGCCACAUGCCCAGCCUCGCGCCCCGUCUUGUCUUGCCUUGCCCCUGCCCCUGCCCCUGCUCUUCCGCUUGCUCGCUUCGCUCUCCGCAGCGCGUCCUUGGUUCCGCGCCCGAGCGCGUCGUUUAUUGUUUUGUUGACCCACACACACCGCACUUGUGUUUGUCCCGGAGCGCACAUACGCAUACACACAGAUACACAUGCAUGCACGCACGCACGCACGCAUACACAUACCACACAUGUGCAUGCCAUUCCUGUGUUCGCGCCGUGCGUGAGGGCGGCACGUUCGCGGCGCUGAUUGACUAGCCUGCCUGCCUGCCGACUUCCUCACGCCGACUUCCUCACGCUUUGCGCCGCGGAUGAUUCUUCGUACCCUACUGUUCCCGAGGCGGCUUUCAGGCGACCCGGGUGACUCGCAGGCGCGUGUGAUGAGGAGGGCAGGGCGCAUUGGAGGCCUUGAUUCUUUUCUUAUGUAGACAACGAGGCAAGGGUGUGCCGCCGGUCGGCUGGCUGGGGAGAAGGGAGAGGGGGUCGGGAGUGGGAGUGGGCGUGAUGCGGGCGCCAUGCGCGCGGGCACGGCCAGCCGGGGGUUCUGAUGCUUUAUCUUUGGGGGUCGGGAGUCGGGAGGCGGGCGGGAUAUGGGGUUCGGGGUGGUUUCGAGGUCGCGGGUUGGGGAAGUUGGAGCGCUGAGUGAAGAGGUGGGAGCGAGGAGGCGGGGACGGGCGAAGGAUAGACACGAGCUGGCGUUUGACAUAUAUCCGUCGCGUCGUCGGUCCUCCCACGC